UCGCCAUGUUUGGUUCUGUGUUGGAAAAGUUUCGUUCAUCACCGAAUAAAAACGAGCCAAAACCCAUAAAUACCGAGGAAAAUAAGUCAAGGAAAAGGGAGGUUGUUGUUGAAGAUCAAGCAACGGAUGUUCUACAGACACCUCCUUACAAAAGAUCAAGAAAUACGGGUGAUCCUGGUCCAAUCACUUUCUUCAGUGAUUUGUUAACAAAUGCAAUGAGCUUUACUCGCAAGUAUAACCCAUUCUGGAGAUAUGUUGUUGGGAAACAAAACGAAGAUGAGCCAAAAACAAUAGCUACUAUUGAUCUUGAAGCUGAAAAUAAUGAUGGUAAAAAGAUCAAGAGUAGUUCCACAGACCAGGAUGUUGUGUACUUGGGGACUUUAUUGAGAGAGGAUGUUAUUAGUGGCGACAAGCAAAGAGUUAGAUACACAGCAACUAGACAGGCAAAGGAAAAAGAGUCUGAACAAUCAAAACCAAGCAGUUUAAGUGAUUCUAUCAGAGGUCGAAAGCCAUUGCACAUCAGUAGAAUGGAAAAGGCACCAUCCUUCUCGUAUAUGCAUCAAUCCACCCCUCUACAACCAGAUGAACAAGUUAGAGGUCGUAUACCAGUAUUUGCUAUACCUGAUGAACCAUCUCCUCUCCCUUUGCCGCAAAGUGAUUGGAAACACAAGACUUACAGUGCCAAAAACUAUGGAGGGAUAAAAGAAAAUAAAACCAGUCAUCCUGUCUAUCAAAGAGCGCCAGAAGGUCCCAAACCUUUAACUAAUCAGCAGAAGUCCUCCUUAUUGACUGAAAAUAAAGCUUUUGUGAAUAGCUUUAAUGUCAGCCAGAAACCAACAGCUUCUAGUCUACAGGGAAAAAUCAGAGUGAGACAAAUAAGAGAGUCUCCUAGGAAACCAGCACCUUUGCGUAGACAGAGGAAUACAGCCAUCGAUGUUAUAAGACUGGCAGAAAAGGAACGCUACAAGCAGCUUCUUUCACAGUUUACAUCUGCCUGUAUUCCUAGUUCCAAUAUGAAUGACACAACAUUAGACAGUAACAAAGAGAACUCGGUCAUUAAUAUAUCAAGUAAUUCCUCUGCAUCUGAGAAUAGUAUUUUUGCUGCCAAGCCUACAGAAAUACAUAUAAGACAGCCAAGGUCAUUCGAGGGAAGUGUCCUGUCUCCAAGGUCCAGAUUACUCCCUAGACAUCAAACGGCUCAUCACAGCACACCAUUAUCUCCAGUCUCACAUCCAACCAUACUCAAGGUCAUUCCUUCAACUAGCAAGAGUCACACUAGAAAUGAACAUGUAGAAGACUUGCUACUCCACUCCAAGCAAGAAUCAGCUGGACUUGUCAACCAAAGCACCAUAUCCUUCAGGACUCCUCAACCCAUGGCAAAAGAGGAUGAAAUCCUUUCAGGAACUUGGACAAAGAAAUGGAGAAAUAUCUUGAGUCCAGAGAAUCUGCAGAGAGAGCGGCAAUUGGCAAAGAUUGCAAGAGAAGAAGAAAAGUUGAGGUUGUUGAAGGCUAAGAGAAUAGGAGAACAAGAAUCUGCAAUAGAAGAGGUUAGAGAAAGAAUUCGCAUUGAAGAGGAAAGUGAGGAAGAAGAAGAACUAGAAGAAGAUAUGGCAGAGCUUAUCCCACUCACAGAGAAAAUGCAAAGAGAGGUGGAUAGAGCAUUAGGUCCAGGGAAUGCUUCUGAAACCUUAGCAGAUGGCUUCAAAAUAUCCAUCACACGUGGGGACCUGACAACACUAAGUAAUCUGAACUGGCUCAAUGAUGAGAUUAUCAAUAUCUAUUUCAGUCUAAUAGCAGACAGAAGUAAAUCUGAGGGAUACCCUAAAGUACACACAUUUAAUUCCUUCUUCUACCCCAAAUUAAUCAAAUCUGGUUGUGAUAGUCUGAAGCGGUGGACAAGAAGGGUUGAUAUCUUUUCUAUGGAUAUGAUUAUUGUGCCAAUCCAUCUAGGAAUGCACUGGUGCUUGGCGGUAAUCGACUUCCGCAACAAGACCAUCAAGUAUUUUGAUUCACUCAAGGGAUCCAACAACCAGUGUCUUGAUGCCCUCCAAAAAUAUCUCGCGCAAGAAUCAAAGGAUAAAAAAAAGGUGUCUUUCGAUUCCAUUGGCUGGACCCUAUCAUGUCCUAAGGAUAUCCCUGAACAGCUGAAUGGAUGUGACUGCGGAGUCUUUGCUUGCACGUAUGCGGAAUUCAUAACAAGAGAUGCGAAGCUCACAUUCAACCAGCACCAUAUGCCGUACUUUAGACGACGAAUGGUUUACGAAAUUCUCAAAAUGAAGCUGCUCUGAAUCCAAGUUCCUUGUUAUCAGGCCUCUUGUGAUCUACGAAAUUCUCAAAAUGAAGCUACUCUGACUCCAAGUUCCUUGUUAUCAGGCCUGUUGUGAUCUACGAAAUUCUCAAAAUGAAGCUACUCUGCUCCUAAGAUCUGGUCGUUACGUGGUUUCAUAUAUUAUUAUAUACAGUGUGUAUAAAGACUAUCAAAAGCAUGUAGUAACGAUGACAAAUUUAUCAUAUGUAAAGGAUGUAUAUUUAAAACAAGUCUAGCUCGAACUUGCUACACUACCAUACGCUUAACUGAUCUACCCAAGAGAAAGACCUUUCUUUUAUCACAGAGGAAAGCUGUUUAGUUUUGUUUACGUAGAAGCAAGUGUGAGCAGGCACAAUUUAUUCUUCGCCAUAUUCAUAUAUAUAUUUGGAAUAAACGUACAUAAUAUCUCUAACAAUUUACUGUAUAAUUUAUCAUUAGCGCAAGGUGCUCAAAGAAAGUGUGAGAAUAACACUCAAUCGAUUCCAUUUCAUUAAAAUGACAUUUUCUGACA